GGAAGAUGAAAAAAUGGCGGCUUCAAAGAGUAAAACGCGACGAUCUGAAAAAGAUGCUUGGGAAUGGAUCGAUAGCGUCGAUUGCACCGCGAUCACACGGGAACACUUAGAGAAGGCCUACAGGAUUAAUACCACUUGCGGUGAAAAAGGAAAUCAUAGGUUAGUACGAGUAUUUUACGGAUUUAAAUUCCCUGUCAUGCGACAUAUAUAGCAAACAUGUAUACUUCAACAUGCUUUUUGCAGCGUUUGAUGCUGUAUAUUGCAGACAGUAGCUUAAACGGUAACCUUUCAAGCACAGAUCGUUCAUCCCUGAACUUUAUAUUACACAAAAAUUGUCCAUUAACUAGCCGAUGAAAGGUCUUUGCUAAAUCAAAACUGUUCAAACAUGAAUUAAAUGUUUACUAUUUGAAGUGCUACUUAUUACUACUUUUACCCUUUGAGAAAAGGAAUCACCAAAUCAGGGCCAGCUAACUAUUUUUAAUGAAUAUUUUACAGUAAGGCGAGUGAAAUGUGGCUUGUUUUUGUUUUAUAUGAACACGAACAUUGCAAAUAUCAUGUUAUAUUUUGUAAUUUUGAUCUGUGGACGACUGUGGUACUUUUAUAUUUGUCAUUACAUUAAUUUUGAUCAUUGAUCUGUAGUACUUUUAUAUUUGUACAGAACUGUACUUUGUACCUCAUUCAUCUGAUCAGGUCUUGGAGCCAACUUUUAUGGUUUGCCCAUGAGACUCACAGGUUUAAUAUUUUGGGCUAUCUCAGUCCAUAGUUAAUAUGCUCAGUCUCAUAGUUCAACCUUGAAAUCUCAUGGUUUUCUACAAAUUAUGAAUGACAAUGGCCUUUUUUAUACUAGAGAUGCAUUAUGCAUCUGGACGAACUUGGGCAAGCAUUUUUUGUUCGUCUGGUUAUGCGUCCUCAGUAUAAAGACGGGCACAAGACACAUUAUGCGUCUAGACGAACUAUGUUCGAUUCUUAGUCUUAAGAGACGCACAACCGAUGAUAGUUCGUCUAGACGCCUAAUGUGUCUUGUGCCCGUCUUUAGACAGAUUUAGAUUGAGGACGCAAACGUCAAAGAUGAGGUGAAAAUGGUGUGUUGUGCCCAUGUAUGGAUACGCCACGCCAUUUUGACGCACAACGUCUUUGACAUCCGCGUCCUCGAUCUAAAUCUGUCUUUUAUACUGAGGACACAUAACCACACGAACAAUAAAUGCUUAUAGUUCAUCUGAUUAUUCAUCCCGUCUUUAUACUAAACGAAUAAUGUAGAAGACAGAUUAUGCGUCCAGACGCAUAAUUCAUCUCUAUAGUAUAAAAACGGUCAUUCUUAAUAAAAUACAGGCCAAAUCAAACUUGACAUCUUAGUAUAAUCAACUUGAUUUAUAGUAUCAAAUAAUAGUCAAAUUAAAUGUUAGUCAAAGCAUGGAUGAUACAAAGACUACGGACUAUCCAAAUUGUUGUGUAUUUAAUAGAGUCCAAAUUUAAAGCCUAACUUAGGCGGCACAUUUUAAUAUAAAAACUAUAAAAAUAUAAAAAAUAUAAACUAUCCAAAUUUUUAAAAUUAUCUAUUAGAGGUGUGCAAAUCCAAUUGGAUUCGUUCGGAUUUCGGAACCAAAAUAUUCAUUUCGGAUCGGAAUGAUAAAGUUGUUGAAUUCGUAGUCGGAUCGGAUUGGACUUUGAUAUCCGAAAUAAAAUGAAUUAAUUAUCCACACAUUAUCGCAAGAAUUAAUUAUCCAUGCAUUUAUCAAAGCAUUAUCACAGUUGUCGCUGCAUUAUUCGUUUUGGACGUCACUUUGUCAGCUUCUUGACAUGUAUUUCUUACUUUUAUAUUAUUUAUUUUGUUAAAUAUUUCAACUUGAAUGAGAAAUUUAUUUUGUUAAAGAAUUCUUCGGAUCGGAUUGGAAUUCUUUAUCAAAACUCUGAUUGGAUUGGAUUCAGAUGAAACAAUUUCGGAUCGGAUUGGAUUUUAAACAUUAGGCAAUUGUCGGAUUAUAAACGUCCGAUCCGAUGCACACCACUAUUAUCUAUGGUUGAAGAAAAAAUUGAUGGAGAUCUUGUACUUUCUUUCGCAAGUUUAAUGACGUUAAAUAACAAAAUCUGAUACAUAGCCAGUAGGAAAAAAAUCCGAUUUGAUCCGACGGAAAAACUACCAAAAUCCAUGCUGGUCAUGUUCAGCAAAUUUUCUCCCAGUGCCGCAGGCUCGCAUUUUACAGCAGACUUGCGGUUUUGCAUUUUGCACAAAACUGGCCAUUUUGUGUACGAUGUCCACUGACAAUACAAGCCCGCAUGAGUGGGAGAAAUUUCACUAAAUUUGACCAAUGUGAUCUGAUGUGAUCUGAUCCGAUCUGACAGAAAAAACCUCCGAUCCUAACACGUAAAAUUUGGUCCGAAUCAGUUCGGAUUAGCACACCUCUAGUAGGAAUGUAGUCGGAUUCCUGAACGUUUUGACACGAAGACAUGACACCCCGCCAGUCAGGCUCAGAUGGAUCAUAGCUGAUAAAAUACGCUGUUUCUUCUAAAUAUAGAAAGAAUUGCAAGUUUAACCCAAAUUGUCUGGCUGUCCUUGGAGAAAAAUUCUGGAUGAAAGAACUGAAAGGUAUUUCUCAUGAUUUCCAAUCAAAAUGUUAUUAUAAUAAGCACCAUAGACCAAUAAUUAAUAGACUAAAUUUUGAUCAAGGCAAGAAGAACGAAAUCCAACACCACAGCUCGAAAGAGCGUCUUAGAAUGAGUAAAAUUGCAAAGAUUGGUUGCUAAAUGUUGUAAAAUGAAGAAAUGUAUAGCCCUGUGUAAUUCGCAAAUUUUGUAUAUAUUCGUAUUACGCGCGGUAAAAAUAACCACUUUCGGCUCAAAAAUGGUUAUUUUUCACACACGUAAUGCAAGGCGUAAAAAAAUACCGGUUCCGGUUCCCGACCCUAUUUUUUUCUGCCGACCCUAUUAUUUUUUCAACAUGAUUGACCGUGCGACCCUAUUUUCUCCUGGUGAUUGCAGGCUACUGCCAAAAUGGCGUCUGUUGUCCCACUAAUUAUUGAAAAAAAACAUGAAAAAAAUAUUCAAAAAAAAAAAUUUAUUUCCGACCUACCGACCCUAAUUUUUUCGCAAUAUGAAACCGGAACCACAGGUAUAUUUUUUUACGCCCAAAUAUAUACAAAAUUUGUGAACUUCACAGGGCUAUAUUUUCCUCAUUUUACAACAAUUUGCAACCAAACUUUGCCAAUUCACUCAUUUUAAGAUGCUCUUUCCAGCUAUGGCAAUGGAUUUCGUUCUCCUUGUCUAGAUCAAAAUUUCGUCUAUACAGGUAGCUGGAGUCAUCCACUUCUGAUACAUGAGCACAAGAGAAGAUUUUGUGGACUUCUUCAAAAUACAGAGUGCCUGAUUGUCUUAAUGUCAACCAGUGGAAAUCUGCCAGCUAGCUGCAACAAGCAGUACAAUUAUUAAAUUUCUUACUUAUUCUUAGAUGAUAUCUGGUGUGAUAACGUUGAAGAUCCUGACGAACAGAAACGAGAAGAGGUAAAUGCGUUAUACUUAUUGCUAACUGUAGUUAUCCCAUCAAGUUGCAAUGCACCCUACUUUGUUAUUAUGCUCUUUCUAACACCAAAUGAUUUGGUGCUCAAUGGGUUAAAGCGUUAAUGCGGAAUGCAAUACAAAAGUAUACAAAAUUUGCAAACUUUGCAAGGCUAUAUUUUCCGCAUUUUAAAACAUUGCGCAACCAAACUUUGCAAUAUUACUCAUUUUAGUAACAUGCUCUUUCUAGCUGUCGUGAUGUAUUUGCAUCUCCCAACCUCGUUCCCAGGCUCUUUCCUCUUGUGAAGGAAAGAGCCUGGGAACGAGGUUGUGCAUCUCCUUGCUAGUUUUAAAAUUAGUCUAUAAUGGGGAAUUGUCUAUUGAAAAAACUAACUAGAAAAAUCAAUUAUGCAUAAUUCAAGAUCAAUAAACUCAAUGUUUUUAACAAGAAAAAUGUUUUAAAUUUUCUGAUCUUGAAUUAUACUUAAUUCAUUUUCUUACAUAGUUAGUUUUUUCAAAUAAAAGGGCUGAAAUGCGCCUUAAAAUCCAUCAUUCAAAAGGCUGAACUGUGCAUUUAAUACUGGAUAGCUCUAUCAGUUUUAAACAGUUGACCAAAUUGUCAAGUAAAAAAGAUUUUGAAAAAUAUUUUCCAACCUUUCCAACCUAUACCCUGAUUUGUUUCAGGAUGUGAAGCAUAUAAUUUUUUUGUUAGACGCUAUUCCACAAAACCCACCUGUAUGGCUAAUUUAACAAUUGAGCAUGUUCAUCAAGUUUACACUAAUAUAAUAUAUUCAGAUAUUCCACUGGCCAAACAGAAUUUUUUUUUUAUUGGGUCUUAAUUUAUUUAUGCAUGUAGCUACUAUUUAAAACACAAGUAGGAGUGUUUUAUCAGAUAUAAAACGCGAGGCGCAGCUGAGCGUUUUAUAUCUCGUAAAACAUGACAAUGAGUGUUUUGAAUAGCUUAAAAUACGACUACAAAAGAAUACUAAUUAGGAUGAACAAUUAUAUAAAGAAUACUAAUGAAGAUGACUUUUAUCAGAUAUAAAGUCACUCCACGUGACAUAUUAUGGCCGACAUGAUAUUUUAAUUUUCAUAUAUUACAGGGAUCAUUUGUUGGUUUAAAGAAUUUAGGCGCAACAUGUUAUGUUAACACGUUAGUGCAGGUAUAUACUGACCUAUACUCUGCUAUAUUCUUCCUUCAUUGAAUGCGUCAUUAGCGCAUUGCGGCAUUGUAUAAUUUAUGCAUGAUACUUAGCGUGACCUCUUGUUUCUUCAAUGAUAAAUUGAAGACAGAGAAAGAAUGAUUGUGUCAUUUUUAUAGGUUUGGUUUCAUAACGAAGAAUUUCGAUCAGCUCUUUACUCUUGGGUUCCUUUGGAUGGCGAGCCACCGAGUCCAGAAAAAGAUCUUCCUCAUGAAAACAUGGAAAUUGAACAGGAUCAGUGUCAACUAAGCCACUUGGGUACAGUGGGUGAUAAUUUCUUUCAAACAUUACUCCACAUGCACUUCUAACUCUGUGUUUUUCAUUACAUUUAUGAUGUUUAUUAAUUGGCAAGUAAACUAAUGUUUAUUAAUUGGCAAGAAAUAGCAAGGCGUAAAAAAAAUACUUGUGGUUCCGGUUUCAUAUCGUGAAAAAAUUAGGGUCGGUAGGUCGGAAAUAUAUAUAUUUUUUUAAUAUUUUUUUCAUGGUUUUGGCGUUUUUUUGCUGGGCGAUUUGCAGUAGAGUCCCGGACAUCAAUAUUAGGGAGUUUACGAUCUACGACGCGGCCGGGUCGACGACGCGCUUUCAAAACAAAGAAAUUUGCUGUUUUCACAAACAAUAGUAUUAUGUGUUUUAUCGCCAUGCAAACCUACAAAGAACUUACAAAGAAAUUUGUCAUGCAAGACAAAAACUGUCAAUAAUUUGUGGUCCCAUGAGUAUUGUCAACCGCGUUGUCAUUUUCAACACAACGUUAAAAAAGCAUUAUUACGUCUUUCAGGCAACGCAAAAGCUUAAUGCGACACAAGAGGUGUUACUAAAAAUCGAAAUUACAGCAAACAUUGCAUCGCCGUAGCCGAACAUAGCAUUUUGUAAGGUUAUUUGAAAGAGUCAAAUAUUUAUUACAGUAAUCGAAUUGCUUAGCGCUCAUUCUUGAGCUAAAAUUUAGACCGCGUCGUUGAGCCGACCGCGUCGCAGAUCGUAAACUCCCUAAUAACUAGAGGUGCGUAUUUCCUAUGGACGAAUUGAGGCAAUUUGGUUCAAUAAUUAUUGUGAGAACAGACGCCAUUUUGGCACGCCGUAUGAGCAGCACGCAACCACCUGGAGAAAAUAGGGUCGCACUGUCAAUCGCGUUGAAAAAAUAAUAGGGUCGGCAGAAAAAAAUAGGGUCGGUCGGGAACCGGAACCACAGGUUUUGUUUUUUUACGUCCAAUGAAAAAAAGAUCAUUGCAUUCAGAAAGGAAUAACUUAGAUUUUGAUACAUUAUUAACACUUGAAUUUACAUGCGAGAUACAAACAAAAUAAAAAUAUUUAUUAUUUAACAAGUAGAACUACUAAGUUCUUUGAAUGUUUGCAUGGCGAUAAAAUAUAAUUGUUUUUGUUUGUGGAAACACCACGUAAAUUUAUAUAAAUUUACGUGGUGUUUCCACAAACAAAAACAAUUAAGUAGAACUACAUCGGUAAUUAUAUGAGACUGUUUUAUACUAAUUUUCAGUAUUAAUCUAAGUUAGUCCGUUUCUUUUGCUAUAUAUCAAAAUCUAAGUUAGUCCUUUCUGAAUGCAAUGAUCUUUAUUUCAAUGCGAUAGCUUUUAAAGCUUUUACGUGACAUGAAAUGAAACAGUGCCCAGUUUUAUUUGACCUUUUAACCGAGCAAAAUGAAAACAGCAGCAAAUUCAUGCUAAAAUAUUAAUCCUUAAAUUCUCUUAUCAUUAAUUCAAUCGUCAGGCUUGCACAGACCGCAACGUCAUUAUUUUUGUUUUUCAGGAGUUACAGUGAAUGACAAAGACGACUGCACAGAACAGUCAGAAAGCAAAGAAAAUAAUGAAAAGCAAGAAUCAGAACAGUCUGUGUCACAAUCAUGCGAUCAAUCUGACCUGGAUUCUGAAAAGAUCAGUGUCAGCAAACCAGAGAACGAAAAACAUGAAAAUACCGAAUCAAGUAAUUGAGCGAUUCAAUUAUUGGUUUUGUUAAGUAGAAGCUGUUGAAAUUCAGAAUGAAUUCCAGAAUUGUACACUGUGUUCUAACCUGUAACCUCUACUUGCUCUCCCUAGAAGGCAGAUAAAAUAUCAAAUUUUUAAUAAUUUACCGUUUUAAUAGGCGUCUCAACCCUCUUAAGACUGCCUGUGUACAAUUUAUAACUUAUAAAAUGGAUACAGGGUGAUGUCCUAAUACAUUUAAAUACUGUGUAAAGUCACCAUUCUUCUUAAAACUUGUCACGAACAAGCUACAGACGAAAUUUUGAUCUAGACAAGAAAAACGAACUCCAUUGCCAUAGCUGGAAAGAGCAUCUUAAAAUUGCAAAGUUUGGUUGCGAAUUGUUGUAAAAUGAGGAAAAUAUAGCCCUGUUAAGUUCGCAAAUUUUGUAUAUAUUUGCAUUACGCACGUGAAAAAUAACCAUUUUUGAGCCGAAAGUGGAUAUUUUUACUGCGCGUAAUACAAAUAUAUACAAAAUUUGCGAACUUCACAGGGCUAUAUUUUCUUCAUUUUACUUUUAUAUUGCCAUUUUCUUUUAAUCCUGCUAAGUUUUGAAAACCAGAAUUAUGAAAUGUUUCUUAGACGUUAUCCCUUUAUCUAUUUAAUCAGUUAUCAAUUCUAUACCUGUUUUGUUUCAGAAAAAUCCUUAAUCGUCUGUCCUCCAAUUCCUCUAUGCAAACCAUGGGCAGAUAGCAAAGAGCCAAAAUCAUUUUGUCGUCAUUUACAAUUACUACUUGCCCAGCUACAGUAUACGUCGAGAAGGUAUAUGUACUAUUUAAAACACGAGUAGGAGUGUUUUAUCAGAUGUAAAAUCUGAUAAAACACGACAACGAGUGUUUUGAAUAGCUUAAAAUACGACUACAAAAGAAUACUAAUUAGGAUGAACCAUAAUAUAAUCAUGCUAAUUAAUUAAGAUGAACAAUUAUAUAAUGCCACAUGUGUUUUAUCAUAUAUAUAAAGUCACCCCACGUGACAUAUUAUGGCUGACAUGAUUUGCCACAAGGCUUAUGAAUUAUUAAUGAGUAUUUUAAAUAUAUAUAUCGGUUAUCCUUUGAUUUUUUCACGCAGUAGUAUUUACAUGCUAUAAAUUUAAAAAGAUUACAAUAGGCGUUUUGCAACAAUUGGUCCCGUGACCACAUCUAUCAAGAAACACCAGGAGAACUGCAAAGUUUCAGCUUAUAAUAUGCAAUAUGCAAGAAAUGGCAUUCAGGUUUUGCUCUCCAGAGCAUUUUCCCAUGAAUGCAAAUUCUGGGAAGUUUUUCCAUUUUAAAUUAAAUGCCAUUUUUUCCAUAUUGCAUAUUACAAUCUGAAAUGUUGCUCUGUUUACUAAAUAUUGAGAUGCUCCUUUCAUUUUUGCGGUUACAGCUGCUCGUUUUAAGGGAGAUGGGUCCACGUGACCAAUUGUUGCAAAAUGCCUAUUGUAUAUUACUUUGAAGUUGUACGCACGAUAUGUAUUCAUUGAACCAAGUUAAAAUCCCAUAUUAUUUGACAUGAAUACCUAGGUUUGUGGAUCCGGCGCCGUUCGUUGGAUCUCUAGGACUGGAUAUAGAACAACAACAGGUGAAUUACCACAUUAUUGAAAACUUUUUAGCACUAUUCCAGCAUACAAUUAGAGUGGUACUGGCCGGGGUAUAUUCAUUUUCAACAGGUUUCAUACGGGUCUCCAAAUUUGUCUUGUAGGACGCCCAAGAGUUUUCUAAAUUAUUUAUGUCUCUGCUAGAAGAUACUCUUUCACAACAAGUAAGUCGUUGUUUGAAAAACAAACUUAAAAGAGCGAGAUUGCUACUCGAGGCAACGAAUUUUUCGUUGUAAUCUGUGGUGUGAGAAUAAUACGAAACUAGUUUUUCAUGUAAUAUUUCAAGUCCGAAUAUUAGGACUGGACUAGAUUAUUUUCAAGUCAACAUAAUUUUAUCAAGUCCGAAGCGAUAUAUUUCUGAAUUGUUUGAGUGAAUUGCUCUUUAUUUUUAAAAUAUCCAAAAUUAAAAAAAAGCCGAACACCAUUUUGAAACUGACGUCUUUAGCUAUAUGUCCUUUGAAAAUUUGAGAAAAAUUGGUUAAAACCCGCAGGAGCACAACUCGUUUGAAAAUCAUUAAUUACCGUAAACUUUUUCGGGAGAAAAUUGAAUUUGAAUAUUACAUUUUCAAUGUUUUUCUUAUUGCAGCGAAAUGUAUUUUAUUAAAUAACUCUGCGAGUUUUCAACAUUUUUCGUUCAAACUUGGUCAGAUAGUAGAACUAGUCUAAUGCUUUCAUGGAAGCCAAUAAAAAAUUUUUUAGGCAAAAUUAACACUCAAAGGUGUUCUGUAACCUUAAAGUGAGGUGACUUAAUUUUGAUCCUGUCCAAGGACUGAAUUAAUUUUGAUUCAGUCCUAGGACUGGAUCAGUAUACUUCACCAGGUGUCCAGUAUUAUUAUGUGAGCAAAAUAAAGCAAUAUGGUUGGCUAAUGUACUCAUGAAUUAUUAAUGAGUUUGAAACAUCUCUCUGAAUCCCUAGGCAUGCAGAUUAGCCAUUAAUUUACUGACACGGAGCCAUUAAUUUACUGUUUCCUUUUCAUCAGCCUAACCCUGUCAUUAAAAACAUCGUUCAACAACAAUUUGGAGGAUCGUACGUUUACAUUACAAGGUAUGGUCGUUCAUCAUAAAAUCAACGUAAUAUAAAACUUAUUUUGAGGGGUGGACCUACCCUCAUCUGCAAGGAGGGGUGCAGGUUUUCCAUGGGGUGGUGUAUGAGGGAGCCUUACUGCCCACUCUCCUCUGCAGUCUGCAACGCUACUAUCCCAACAUUGCCGUUAUUUGAGAUGGCCGAAUCUGCAUAUUCGAUGUCCUGUGUUUAUAAAGUUUAUAUCGGCUUUUUAUCACGUACGCGUGACGCCGUGACUGUAGCACAGUAUAGUAAAUUUGCUUGUUAAAGUACAGUAUAUUUGAAAAUAUGGCUGUAUAUUAACAACCUCGACAUGUUUACAUAUUUAACCAUUAUAUUUGAGUAUUUUCUCAUGAGCUCACAAAUCAAUUGAAUGGUUUCAAGAAAUCGGCGCGCGCUAACAGUAGAAGUUCCGCUAAUUGCUGUUCGAAAAGCAGAAAGGCCAAGCAGAUUUUUUGGGGUGGUGCUGGACUUUUCUGGGGGGGGGGGUUGCUAGACACCGCUAGGUGGGGUGCGCACUGCCUGUACCCCGGUAGACCCGCCCUUGAUAAAACUUGUUUAAAACUAAAAUAUUUAUGUCCAUUUUUUUUCGAUAUUAUUAGAUGCAGUAAGUGCGGAAAGCAAUCACAGAGAAGUUCGACAUUUUAUGAACUUGAUUUAAAUAUUCAGGGAAACACAAAUCUAUCCCAAUGUAUCAAAGAAUUUCUUAAGGUAUUAUAUUAUGGAACAUAUUGAACUCGUUGCUAUUUCUUUUAAUCAGACUUGGAAAAACUGUUAAAUGUCCCUCGGAUCUUGAAUUUGUAUUUUUCAAAUGUUCCUCAAAAGUGUGUAAAAACAACGGAAAAUGUGACCGUAUAUUACGUCAUGAAUGCAACAACAAACUAUACUUGACUGUAGUUAUGUUAGAUGUCUCAAAUGACAGAUAAGCAAGUAUGAUAUAGACCAGAUAAUUGCCAAAAGUAGCCCUAUAGAGAAAACAAGCAUUUCAUUCUACUUUUGCAUAUAAUCUGCUAAAUUGAACAACUGGAAUUUGUAAGGACGUGUUUGAAAGAUCUUCUUGCUUUAGUUUGUGGAUAUUUUCUGAAAUUAUUUGACAUUCAAAAACGGACAUUUUGUUGAAUUGAUUUUGCAUGAUCAUAUCGCACAGUCAAAGCUGUUUGAAAUUCACUAAUGUUACGUUUUGAACAAUUCAACGUGAUAUUGUACUAAUUUCUAACACCUUUUCAGUGUUUAGUUCUUGAAUUUGCUGAUACAUUGUUUUGAAUGUCCUUGAAAAGUCCUUGAAUUUGACUCUCUCUGAUAUGUAUACGAACCCUUUUGCACAUAUAUCACCACUAGAUUUGCUGCACAAUACUGACGUACGCGCUCGUUUCUAGGAAGAGGACUUGCAUGGGGACAAUCAAUAUCACUGCAGUUUCUGCAUGAGUAAACAAGAUGCUACGAGAUAUAUUAAACUACAAGAACUACCGCCUGUAUUGAAUUUACAGCUUUUGAGAUUUGUAUUCGACAGGUAAGCAAGACUAAUGAAUAUAAGUAAGUAAGUAUCAUUUACGUAAGAACCUGUUUAGACUAACUUGGAAAAUUAUAUGCGGUGUUUUACUGUAAGUUAGCCCGUUAUACUAUGGGGCCGGGUACUCGAGUAGCGACUCGCCCUAACUUCUGCAUGCAUGGUUUGGAACUGACAGAGCUAUUGUUUAAAUGUAUACAAAUCCUGUAUUACAUUCAGAAAAAGUGGUUGUAAGAAGAAAUUAAAUACCACUAUUUGGUUUCCUGAGGUUCUGAAUAUGAAAGAAUAUGUGGAUGCGAAUAUGGAAGGCAAGUGUAAUUUGUACUUGGAAACCAUGUUCAAACUGAGAUAUGUCAUAUUGAAAGAAUUUGUUUUCAAUUUUUUAGGCUGUGUGUACGACCUUACCGCUGUGUUGAUUCAUCGUGGUCUCAGCGCUUAUUCUGGUCAUUAUGUCGCCCAUAUCAAAGACAAAAAGGUAUAAGAAAACUUACGAAGUGGGUCAGGUUAUUUUAUCUCACUUCCUACCAUGUCUGGUUAAUGUGGGAAAGUUUCAUUGAUAGAUCAUAGAUCAAAGUGGAAAUUUGACAUUUUGGUCAAGAGUAUUUUUAGAGUGUGUAUAGGUACCGAGAAGUCUUUUGUAGGAGAAAAUACAAAAAGAAGGGCCCUUCCUCUACUACUAAGUCUUCGCUGCUAACUUGUUUUCAUAUCAUCUGCUGUUUUUUCAAAUUGUCCUACUAUCUCGUACGUUUACAGGGCUUUCAAAAUAAGCCGGCGGCCGCCGGAGCUCCGGCGGGUGGCACGAGGUUUACCGCCGGUUACUUUGUUUAGUUCUUGAAACAUCAAUUCUGCUCUCCUUCCUCCACUCUAAGCUUUCAAACAAAGUUAUUUUUCCUCAACUUGGUCUACUUUAUAGCAUGGUUAUUUUCGAAAACGACGUACUAUUUCGCAAAACUGAUUUAGUUAUUUGCCAUCGUAUUCUCGAUUUCAUGUCACUUUUCAACGCGCGGUUCCCAAGUUCGUUGCAAACUUGCCAAUUGACGUUUCCAAGUUCAAAAAUUGGGCGUGAAAGAUCGCAACAAAGAUCGCAAGCAUGUUUCAAUGUUGGAACUAUUGUAAACAAAUGUUCGUAGUUCAAGUUGAAAUUAACAAUUCAAUGGAAAGUUCUUGGUCCAGUGGGCUACCAAGAAGGUUUCUAUUUCAUUGAAUUGGUUAUUGUUAUUGACUAUGAACAUUUGUUUACAAACGAAUUAAGUUCAACCAUUGAAAUGAAGUUGCGAACUUUGCUGCGAAUUUGGCGCCCAAUUUCCGAACUUUGUACUAAUUGGAACUUGGAACCGCGUGUUCAAAAAUGACAUGAAAUCGACAAUAAAUCUUCUCGAAGAAUGAAAGUAGUGAUACAUCAUAAUUUGUGUUGUGUUUCUAUGUAAUCAAUGUACCUAAUUAAUUUGGAUGACUUUAAGACUAACUAGACCGUCCCCUCCCUACAGCCGCCUACUUUAUCAAAACAGUCACCUACUCUGAAUAAUUCUGAAAGCCCUGCGUUUACCACAGAUUUUUCUCAUCCCAUAUCCCGCAACUUUAUGAAACCCAGAAUCACCAUUGUUCUUUCAUCCGUUGCCAAAAUACACCUUAUCCUGCAUCGCGAUAAACUUAUUGUGACGCUAAUCAUCAUUCUAUUUUGUAUUCUUAAAUUAAGAGCGGCGUUUGGUAUCGUUUCAACGACGAAACGACCGAGAAAAUGAAAGGAAAGUCAUUGAAUUUGGAGUCAGAAGAAGAUUUACACGGUGGGUUGUGAAGUUUGAAAUCUUUAUUACGAGUGACACUAUACAUAUAGCUGGUUUACGCUAUCAAAGUUUCUGUGAACACAGUAGGAAUUUUGCACAGGUAAAUUCUAAGUUUAAAAGGAUUUGUAAGAAAGUUUGUAAGAUGUUUGAAGAAACUUACUCAGUGUUUAACAUUACAAUUUACUUAUGCAAAAUACUACUGUGAUAACAGAAAAUUUGAUAGUGUAUAAACCAAUCUUAAGUAAGAACAAAGCUUUCAAAACACUCUUCAAUGUUGUUCUGUUUCAUUUUACACUUGCAGAAGCUGUGAAUGGUGGCACGGCAGCCAAACGGCCUAAACUCUCGAAAGGAUCCAGUUCAAAAGAUGCAUAUAUGCUUGUUUAUAGACAGCGUGGCGAAGGUUAGUUCAUCUUUCAAAUGCUGUGACAUUGCCCAGCUCUGUCGUGCUAGCACGCAAUGGUUUCACUUUUGCAACCGAAUAUGAUCCCUGUCAUAUACCGUAUAUAGUUCUGUUGUUUCUAGUUUGGUAAGAAAAUUGAACUUUAUGUAACAGAUAAAGCAUAAUGGCCGUGUUGUAUCAGAUAUAUACAAACUCGAGCCGAAGGCGAGAGGUGUAUGUCUGAUACAAUACGGACGCGAAUGCUUUAUAUAGCUUGUGAAACAUCUCGAUGAGAUCGUGUUCUUCAACAAUUUAAUAUAAAUUAAUGAUAUUUGGUGAGAAAAUUAAACUUAAAGUUUAUGUAAAUCAGUAUGAUUUCUGUAUCGGAUAUACAAACUCCUUCACGCUCAUGAUUUCUCUUGUGUUUUCUUGACUUUUGUAAAUAAAUUUAAAUGCUCUGAAGAUGUAGUGAUGUAAACAACGAAACGUUAGCAAAUGUAUACUUUAUAUUUUUUUGUUAUUUCUCGUGUAAAAGUCAUUUGCUGCAUGGGCUCUACUAGCUUUAGUCAAGUUAAGUUAUGUGAUUGUCUAUCAUGGUUAUAUUUUGACUUGUAGUUAUUUAUCUUUUCAGAGAAACAAGCAGUAGCACAAGAACCUCCACCAACGAUUCAGAUGUUGGUUGCUGAAGAUAACAGCAGGAUGGACGAGUGGACAAAAAAAGUUCAACGAAUUCGAGUAAGAAAUAUAAACAUGUAUUUGCAUUAGUUAUCAUGUACUCACCAUUUCAGAAUUUUGAUUUGCAAAAACAAAACCGAAGAGAUGUAAUAUAUACUUAAUGUCUGCUCCCGAGGGAAAUAGUUAGUUUUGUUUUCCCGAGAAUCUCAAUGUUUCCCGAGACGAAGUCGAGGGAAACAUUAAGAUUCGAGUUAUCCGAGAAUUAUAAGUUAUCCGAGAAUCUCAAUGUUUCCCGAGACGAAGUCGAGGGAAACAUUAAGAUUCGAGGGAAAACAAAACUAACUAUUUCCCGAGGGAACAGGCAUUAAGUGUUUUGUUAUAUAGCGAUGAACAAAAAUCAACUUCAACAACAUUCAUACAACAAUUGUAUUUCGUGGCAAAAACUCUAUAGUGUAAACGAGUUUAAAAUUAAAAGAACCUACUUAAACGGUUUCAGCAGCAUAUCCUGUUGCCUGUUGUGUAUUUUUCUUCUCUUUUAUAUUCUUUAUUUGAACACAAACUUGGAAAAUCGUAGUUUCUAAUUAUCUGAGUUGUGCCUCCAUUUUGUUUAUUUAUGUACGUGGCCGGUCGGGACGGGCAACAAUUUUUCACUUGUUGCCCGGCGGGAAACAUUGCAUUUAUCUGAAGUCACGUGACCACAAAUCAGCCAAUCACGUUUGGUGUUCACGCUAGCUAUAUAACAAAGAAAGUUAUUACUUUUGUGUAUUUAUGUUUUACAAUUUCUGUUUUGCACUACCAGGAUAAGAUGGCCUCGGUUGGAAGACAAAGACAAACAGAGGUUCAAAAAACUUUAGAAAUUCUCCCAGUCGCUGAAGGUAAUAUAACGUCCGACUCUAUGUUAUAAGCUGAUGUUUAUAUAUUUAUAAUAAUCAGGAGCGCAUCUGUAAUCCAGUGACAAUUUUGUGCUGCAAGCAAGCCAUUUCGCCAUUUCCCAAUCGAGCAGAGGACUGGGCCUAGUCGCUUGUUUGGAGGGACACCAUUCUCGUACCCAGAGCCCUUCUUACGCGCGUUCGACCGAGCGCGACGAGGGGCCCUGGCCAAAUCCAUAACCGGAUACCAUAAAAACAUGGUAAGAGAACAAUAUCCGGUAUUAGAACUAUGGCCAAUCAGAUGCCAGUUUGAUAUGGAUUUGGCCAGAGCCCCUCGUCGCGCUCAGUCGAACGCGCGUAAGAAGGGCUCUGGGUACGAGAAUAGAGGAACACAAAAUAAACAAUAUGCCGAAUAUGGCCUCUAGGAAGUUUUCCUAUACAUUCCUAAAGUUAUUUGUGCAGCUUGAAACGCAAUAAUUAUAAUAAGGCAUCUUUUAAUAUAUAUUUAGCUCGCUCACUAUAACUUCUUGUCCCUCCAAACGUCCCUGCAAACAUCAACUAGACCCAGUCCUCUGCUCGAUUGGGAAAUGGCUAAUACUAGUGUCCCAACGAUUGGUCAGGCAAACUUUUCAGCUUGCCCGGUGUGGAUGUACACUCAGAAUAACACUACACAAUCAUAUUCACCUGAGUACACAACAUCGACAUGCACAAAAAUUAAUAUUAAGCGAAAAGCUUAGAACGUAUCGAGUCCGCGACUGAGUGUUCAAAACUUCAGUUCCCUAACCAGGUGAUCUCGUGUUCGUAUUUUAGCUAGUCAGCGCUCAGAAAGGGUUGUCCGAAUAGAAAUCCAUUUUGAUGUAUUCAGUCAAUUAUAUCUUUCGUUAUUCUUUAUGAAACUAGUUGAAAUUUUGUAAUUAUGUUUGGUUAUGAGAACUAUAGCUCUGACAAAAAUAUGGAAUCGAAAUAAAUUAUAUUACAGGAGAUAUUCAGUUGUUUUAAUCACAAAAUGGAUUUCUAUUUGACAACUAGUGCCAGCACUUUUCCGCGUAUCAAGAUCAUCUGGAAUGUAAAGCAUCUCGUAGAGAAGGCACUCAUACUUUACUACUAUAUAUUGUCAAUAAAAAUGUAAAGGUAUGUAAACCUUCUGCAAGUGUCUGUUACAUGUAAUAUGUUUAAGUAAGAAUCAUUCCACUUCUUUGAAGGCGAUGAAAGCUAUGACUGGAUAGCAACAGACUGGUUACGGAAUUGGCUAGCUGUUGAACGCAAGGAAGCUGCUCCCAUCGACAACUCUUCGUUGGUCUGCCAACAUGGAAAGUAAGUAACAUACAUACACUGACCAUGUACGGUGCCACCAGUUAAUCCAGUGUUAUAUACUCUUAAAAAACGCAUUAAUAAUUUAUGAGGAAACUACAAAAAAAAUCACUGCCGUCUCGGUGGUUUUAUAUGUGAUAAAAAAAUCGUGUUCAUUUACAUAAACUUUAGCUUUGCUUUUCUCGGCUUAGACAACGUUUAGUGAUACUGUAAAAGUGGCGCCAUAUUUCUCAAUAUAAGCGAAACUUACUGAAUUUCAGACACCAUUUUCUCUUUGGCGUAUACCAUCUAAAAUCUCUUCAUUUUAGCGUAAUGUUAUAGAUAAUUAAAGCACUAAACAUAGUUUUUAAAGUUUGCUUGCCGCUUGAGAAACGUAUUUAAAUAUAGUCAUAACCAAGUGGAAAAGUACAUUCAUUAGUUUUGAGCCCGUGUUACGUAACAUACAAAAAGAUUCUGCUCUUAAUACUUAUUUAUAGGUUACAUCCAGACAAAGUAUUAUGUGCGAAAAGAAUAUCGACGAAAGCGGCGUCAUUUCUCUAUAAACGAUACGGAGGAACGCCUAGAUUAGAAAGGUCAGUAAUGCUUAAUAUAAAUAACUGUAUGAAUAAAAUUUAAAUAACUGUAUGAAACCUUUUCACUUUUUAGCGAUUCGUUUUGUUUGGAAUGCGUGAAAGAGAGAUGUCGAAGUCUACAGUUCUCGUCGCAUUUAGCCGAAGAUCAAAAGUUCUUUGUCAAAGCUUUGAAAGUUUCCUGCGAAAAGUAUGUUUACUUAUAUUACAAGCACAAGAAUGUACAUUGUACAAACUUAAAACUAACUUUAUUUAUAUUGUACGUAUAACUAUAUCAGUUCCAAACUGUUCUUCAUAGAGCUUCAGUAAGAGAUAUAUCCCUUAUUCGACCAGUGUUACUACAGGAGGAAACCUAAAUUGAACUAACGUUAUUCAUACUGGAUAUAUCCAUCAGUUCGAACUGUUCUCCCUAGAGGACCAGUCACAUAGUCAUCCUUACUUUUGUCCACGUUACUACGGGAGGAAACUAACUCUAUUUAGUAUAAACCUACUAGUAGGCUAUCACAUAUCGUGGCUUCUGAUUGGCUACGCUACUAGUAGGCUAUUAGUGAUAGCCUACUAAUAGAAAAUUCAAAAUGGCGGAAAAUUCGCGUUUUGCACUUUUGCCGAAGUGUCUGAUGAUUUUUUGGACGACUUGUUGAACAAUUCUGUACUAAAAAACCCCGAAAAAGCAACAAAAAUAUGGAAUGGCAAUUUUUAAGGGUAAGAAAAUAGACAAAAUAACAUACACUCAAUGAAAUUUUAAAAUAAAAACUGAAUUUUGUAAAACACUUUACGCGAACAAAAACUAAAAUAUUUGUUUACCUUUAGUGGUUUUAUAAUGUUUUUUUUUGUGUAUUUUUGUAUUGUGUUUGCAGCCUAGUUGUAAAUUAAUGUUAAAGUUUAUACUAAAACAAUUAGACAACUCGGCCUCGUUGUCUAUGAGCAAAUAGUCAACUCGGCUUCGCCUCGUUGACUAUUCGCUCAUAGACAACUCGGCCUCGUUGUCUAAUUGUUAAAUAGUCAUGAAAGUCCCUUAUUCGAGUGUUCUUUUUAGGACUGGAUUUUUGGUCAGCAAGAAAUCGCUGCAAAAGUGGAAAGUUUUAGCUCAAAACGUUCAGAAACAACUGAGUCCAAAUGGAAGCUCUUCGCCGUCCGACGAGUCGACGAGUACCUCGCGAACACCCGAAGAAUCGGCGAAGAGAACGACGACGAACUCCGACACCUCAGACGAAACAAAACCGACGCGAGGUGAUGAGAGUCCUGAGGUGGUAGACAUGGAUACGGAUGGUAAGAGAGGGACGUCUGGUUCGGAAGUGGGAUCAGUAGGGAUAGAUGAUAAAGAGGAACUGAAAUUUAACGAAGACUUGCUUUGUGAACACGGUAAGUGGGGGGCUCGGCAACUUUUUAGUUUUUACCUGUGUAUAUGCUACCACAGUUCCAGGGUUCGUACAAAACUUGAAAGUCCUUGAAUGUCCUUGAAUUUGAAAACAAAAAUUCAAGGCCUUGAAUGUCCUUGAACUUGUAAAGAAGUACUUGAAAGUCCUUAAAUUUUUCUUGCUUUAGUUUUUGGAUAUUUUCUGAAGUUGUUUGACAUUCAAAACGGACAUUUUGUUGAAUUGAUUUUGUAUGUUCAUAUCUGACAAAGCUGUUUGAAACUCAUUAAAGUUACGUUUUGAACAAUUCAACGUCACAUUUUACUGAUUUCUAUCCCCUAUUCUUCAGUAUUUAGUCCUUGAAUUUUCUGAUACAUGGCCUUGAAUGUCCUUGAAAAGUCCUUGAAUUUGACUCUUCUUCAUAUGUGCGAACCCUAGUGAGUUCGGACACGAACUUAUUUUCAAAUAUUGACAUUCAACUGCUGUCAUAUACUCUAGGUUGCUUGUCGACAUCGACGGUAUCAAGACUUGUUACGGAUGAAGUUUGGAAAAGACUUCGCUUUUACUUCCCAGAAGCUCCUGAAUUUUCUUGGCGCGAAACAGCUUGUCCAGUUUGUAAUGUAAGUAUAUAAUGGAAGUAUAUUUUUUAACAAUUACCAAUCUUUUAUUAAAAUUACACAUAGUUGCAUCUGUUUAUUUGUUUUCCCAACGAAUUCAUACGUUCCUAUACAGUUACAGUUUAACUUUUGUUCAGCAAGAUAUCCGUCCUUCAACUAGGGCUAGUUCAAUCUCCCCAUCAAAGGAAUUAAUUGGAUUGUGAAGAGAAGAUCUGAUUAUCGCUGAUUUUCACAAUGAAAAGCCAAGUCGGCACCUAAGCCGCCAGUUUAUCGUCUUGCUAUAUGGCUUGCCGUGUUUUUCAACGAUCAAGGAUGCAAUUGUCUUGUGGACCACGUUUCCAGUGGCACCCAUACCACCCGCUGUCGAAAAGACGAGCGGAGAAAAUGACCCGUGUUCUACUUCUUUAAUUCUUUUGUCGUAUGCUUUUCUUUUCUCCAGUUCAUUCCUACGAUAGCAUUGAGAGAGGGAGGUAUAUGUCAUGAGUGCUAUUCACCGGAUUGACAAGCUAUAAAGCCGGUUACAGACGAGCAAGUUUUCUAAGACAAAUUUUCAUAUGACAAGUUUUAUUUACUGCUGUGAAUGUGUCAGAAAAGGUGUUUAUCGCCGCCAUUACAGAAAAAUUAUAAUAGUCCGAUGGGCGAUGCCCAAUCACAUCAAAUGCUCAGAUUACUUUCACAAGUUUUCUUUGUCGACCCAUACAGACAAACAAAAUUUGUACUUUGACAAUUGUUUCUAUGACAAGUGCACUUGUUCAAAAGCUAGCAUUCUAGCUUUUGAAAAAGUGCACUUGUCACAGAAAAACUUGUCAAAAUUGCGCGUACAGACGAGCAAAUAAAACUUGUCACAUAAAAACUUGUCAUAGAAAACUUGCUAGUCUGUAACCGGCUUAAAAUAACGGAUAUCGACCCUCGUCAAGUCCAAUUUUUGGGACUUCCCAAUUCCACUAACUAUUUUUAAACAAAAAAAUUUUCCUUCUGUUUUUAGAUACGUGAUAUAGAGGAAGCGAAAAGAAUCGAAGAUCUAAAGGAAUUAGCUUCACAACAGAAGUCUAUUUUAAGUUGCUUGUAUAACGAAAAAGAAAGACCAGAAUUUGAAAAGAAG